AUGGUCCUUCUUGGAAAUAAGACCAUGAAGGUUCAUCGCUAUUCGAUUGAUCAAUUGCUUGAUCUGAGAAGCUCACUUUCGUUCAUUGCUUGCGUCAUUGACAACAUUAACAAGCAUCCUGAUAUUGCCGCAAUAUUCGCCCUUCCUGAGCAAGCAUUCCGAAAUCCCCACACUUACUCUUGCCUCACCGCAACUCUCUUGAAACAACAGAGAUACACACGUCCUGAAGUUACAACACGUCGUGGAGAAUCUUCUUCUUCCUCGUCUCAGUCAAUGCGUAGUCAAGGUAGCUGGUGUCUCCGUCAACAUCCCAACUUUGAAUCACGCCGCACCUUUGACAAUCAAAUCCAACCACUUUCUGCACCAACCAGCGUGGCUUUGCAUCAGGCUGAAAACUUUCGAAGAUUUUACAGAGCCGUUGUAUCUCCAACCCACGUCCGAGUUACCGCUGGUGGUCGUAUUGUCCCAAACACUCGAGCAAUGGCACCCCCAUCGUUCGAGCAUAAUGGUGAUAAGCAUUCGUCAGAAACUCCCCAGCAGACAAAUGAUAUCCAGCCAAAUGACAACAGUCGAGCUACUAGUAGCACUGCUGGUGAUUUGCAAGGAUCUGGAAUUUCUAUUGGUGGACAAGGUCUUCCUGGAGUUCAUCCUGUUUUUCCUGGUUCUUUCCUUCCACAUUACGGUUAUUUUCCGCAAAUUGCAGCGAAUAUGCCUGGACAAAACUUCGGCCACCCAGGUCACACUCAGCUUUCUCACCAAAGCGCCAAUGGCAACGAAAAUUCAGCCAGCUCUUUGCAACCAGUCAGAGUCUCCCACCCUGCUCAAUUUGAUCCUACUCGUCCAUACAUGAUGGUCAAUAACCAAAUGUGUUUUCCUCCUACGGCCUUUCCUCAACCCCUUAACGGAUUUCCUUCCGGGCUGGUUGGUAAUCCACCAUUUAGCCCUCCUAUGCUAGGUGGACCUCCAGGACACCAUAUGUCACACCCGAUGCAUGGGCCUGUUCCUUUCCCAAUGCCUCCGGCAAACUUCCCAGUCCCCAUGAUGCAACAUCCAAAUGGCCAAUUGUUUUCAAUGAUAUCACAUCAAGGUCAUACUCAGCAAGCUUCGAUGCCUCCAAUGAUACCAUUGCAAAUGGCCUCCAGUGAGCAGACUCUUCAACAACAUCGGGAUCAUCUCAUGAUGCUGGAAGAUCAUAUCGCUCGCCAAUCACUACAAUCAGUUCCUUACUGGGCAACUCAGCGUCAAAUUCUUAUUGGAGAAAUUGCGAGAAUGUCAAAUUUGCAUCAGUCGGAGCGUAACCAGUCACGCAGUUUCCAAAAUGAGCAAGCUCUAUCUCAAACGUCUGUCGAUGCUGGAAGCUCCCUCGAUGCUCCAUCUAACAGCAAUGAGACUCGCAGUCCAGUUGUUGCCUUCUCUAAUGCAAGCACGAUCGUGCGCAGCCAAGAAUCAUCGGUCGCCUAUGCAAGCUCAGCAGCCCACACCACGCAAAGUACUGAUUCUCCCACUGUUCAGCGGGCUACCACGGCUAAGCCUGGACCUGGCUCUCGACUACCUGCCACGGCAGCAAUGGCGCCACCUUUUCAACCUCGUGGCUGCCGCUUAGAUCUCAGCGCUGCCGAAUGGGAGGAGUUCGCUAGAGUAACAGAUCCCCGUCCCGGAGGUCGAACAUCACCACCAGCCACACCAGAAAAUACAACUCAAAGACUGGCCCGACUCAUGAGUAAUUGUCAGACUCGUUGGGAAGAUUCUGCCGCUGGUUCCAGCAUGAUCAGCAUGCCAAGAUCACAAACAAUGCCUGUUCCACAAUUGCAAACUCACACAGCUUCCUUGCCAGCUUUCCGAAGAUCCGAUACGCAUCCAAACGGUACUGCUCAGAUGGCAUCGAUCCCUUAUGGUCCUGUCUCCAAUCCAAACAAUGUAGGCCUUCAGCCUUACGUCCGAAUACAUACUCAAAACCAUGACCCCGAGAGAUCUCUUGCUCAAAAAGAGUACUUUGGCAGUUCAGCAAACAGUCUUUCGAAUCAUGGUACUACUCGUCAAGGUCCAAGACUUGAUGUUGGUAGGCAAAUCAUAAUGCAUAAUUCACCUGUUCGUGGUAACUAUAACAACCAAACCUCGUUCACCACGGAAGAUUAUCUCAACAAAUGCCAAUCGAUGUUCGAGAAUGUAUCGGGUGAAUCAGGUGUGACAAGAUAUGCGUCACCAUGGCAUAGUCCUAUGCGCAACUCUGUUAGUCACAAUUCUCUUGAUGCUCGAGCAAGAGUUGACGGGCCAAUGUCAGCGUUCAACUUAACCACCCAGUCUCUCGCCAGCGAGUCUGCUACUGGCGCUCAUAGUGGUACAUCUGGCAACAUUGUCAAGAUCUCUCGCAAGCUUUCGGCUGAUGCUCAAGGACUUGAUGUACUCGCCAAUGUAUUUGCGGAGACUCCCCAAAAGUAUUUGGGCCCAGACAAAGAACCUGCAACACUCCAAGGACCUCAACGUAGUUUGCCUGUAACCUUUCACAGUUUGCCAGCCGAGCAACUCACAUCGUCCGCUCGCUUGUUAACGCGGAACGACCUUGGUGCUAUUUUCGCAUCGGAAGAUCAGGUUGAAUCAACAUCCGCCUAUGAGCCUACACAAACUGCAAACCCUUCCAUGAUCCGUCAGCAUACAUCCGAGGACUUGGCUGUUAUCUUUGCUUCGGAAGGAUCGAAGGCAUCAGCACCAAAACAAGUUACAACAUCUGCUAGUACUCGCUCAUUAGCACAUGAAGACCUUGGUGACAUCUUUGCUUCGAAGAGACCAAAUAUAUCAGCAUCUUCUUACGAGGCUGACCAAGCUCCAACUUCUCCCAGUAUUCGUCCACAUACAUCUGAGGUUUUGGGUACCAUCCUUGCUUUGAAUGAACCAUAUGCAUCAGCAUCCAAGCAAGUCACAAAACCUGCUAGUACUCGCUCAUUGCCACAUGAAGACCUCGGUGAUAUCUUUGCUUUCAAGGAAGCAAAUUCAUCAGCAUCUUCUUACGAGGCCGAACAAGCUCAAACUCACCCUAGUAUCCGCCCACAUACAUCUGACGAUUUGGGUGAUAUCUUUGCUUCAAAUGAACCACAAGCAUCGACAUCUUACGAGACAGUCCAAGCUUCUAAUGCCCAGCUGCAUACGCCUGCGCUUUUAGGUGAAAUAUUUGCGUCGGACUCUCCAAUCAAAAACAAUCAAGGGACUGUCACACCAACAUAUAUGAAUGGGGAUGAUGCCGAUGAUGACAAGAGCAUUAGAUCAUGGGCUCGGCGUGCAGAGCAUCGAAGUUCUACAAGUACUCAGUCGGGUAACGAGAAGGAGAAUCUAAUUGUCACUCCAACAACACAAGACGGUUCUCCAAAGAGUAAAUCUAGCUUCGGUGAACGUGUUAGAAGCACGAGCAGUGCCGUACAAAAGAAUCAAAUCUUGAAGAAUUUGCUAAACCUUCAACCUGUAGCUCAUUCGGCCGUUGCCGCACCUGCUCAUGUCUCUUCAGCUAAUGCUCAGGGCAUUGUUCCUCCCCAGAAUCGCGGCUCGGCUGCUGCAUCGCUCGCUCCUGCUAUGGUCAGCAUGGCAGCUACCAGUAAAUCCUCAAUGGUUACUUCACCUCGAGGCAUUGCUAGCCCAACCACACCAGAGAAUCGCUCACGUGUUCAUCUCGGCCAAUCUUUCCGUCGUUCUCCAGAGCAUCUGGGAAAUGAGGACUACCUUGAAUGCUUGAAAGAAAUUGCUCGCCACACAUCUAACAAGCGACUUCAAGCCGAUUUCAAAUGA